AUGAAGUUAAAGUAUUUUAUACUUUCUCUACUUAUAUUCAAAUUCUUUCAAACAAUUUCUUGCAUUAGUAUGCAAGAAGGGUAUGCUCAAUUAUCAGGUUAUAAACAAAAUUUAGAUAGUAGUGAAGAGGAUGAAGAAUCUGAUGAUAUUCAAACUAGUCUAGACACAAGUGAUUAUCAAGAGGACAAAAAGUAUAAAAGUGAAUUAGAUAAAUAUAAUAAAGAAAAUGAAGUAGAACAAUUAAUGGAAUCAGAUCAAGAAAUAGAAUUAAGUGAAAAUAUAGAAGACAAGUCAAAAUUAACUCCAACAAUAAAAAAUGAAAAUAAUAACAAUAUUCUUUCAGAUCUACAAUAUAGGGCAAGACAACAAAAAUUACAUUUAUCACAAAUGGUAUAUCCUGGUAUAGAAGGAUCACAAACAAAUUAUAUAUUUCUUCCUAAAAACCAACAAACAAUCAUUGAUAACAAGAUCAAGACAUUACAAAAAAGUGGUUAUAAUCAUGGAUCAACACGUGAAACAAUGGCAAUAGGGGAAUGGCGGAAACGGUAUUAUGCUAGGCCACAGCGUCCUGUAACAAAAAUUACCUUAACUAAUCAAUUUCAAGAUUCUACCCUAGGAUGGGUUUUAAUUGGUGUUGUAUUUACAAGUUUAUUUAUUUUAGGUUUAUUAGGGAUAAGAUAUAUCAAUAAAAGUUGA